AUGCAUAAGGGAGAAAAUCCUUUAGACAAAGAUGCACUUAUGGCUGACGCAAUGAUAAUACAACAAUAUCAAUGCGAAACAUUUGCUUUGCUCAUUGUUGAAAGCAAUCCAUUUGGCAUCAAUAAUAGCAGUGCCAUAACUUACGAUGUGAUUCCAAAACUUUUCGAGCUUCACAAUUUGUUUACUAAGUUUUGUGAACAGCUCACUGAACUGAUUUUGGCCCAUGGCACUGGUUACGUAGAAUCUCUUAUCGGUCACUACGAAUACGCCUACAAAAAUCUACUACAGCUGUCUAUCAAUUUGGAUAUCAUCGAUGAAGACAUAACUAUAGAACAAUUCAACUACCCUUUCAAGCUAAAUAGAGGUGUUGUGGAUGAUUACCUAGUGGCCAUUGACAUUGGUGGCAGCCUGGCCAAAGUAACAUACACGACGCCGUGCCCACCGUCUAGUGACAUACGUUAUUGCAUUGAUAUAUACAAUACAUCAUGCAAAUUUACCUACCAUAUGCAAUCGCUUUUAUCUCACAUUACCAAACACUACACUAGUGAUAAAUUUACUCAUCGUGAUGGGUUGAUGAGUUGUGAAGGCCGUGCGUAUAACUUUCCCAGUGGCGCGGUUUUUGAGAAGUUAAAAAACGAAUUGAUGAAGAUACAGUUGGAAAAUGGAAAAUAUAUCGCAUUUAAGAUAUUCAAAAACUGUGAAAUUGAUAAGAUGUGCCAGUUCAUCCUACAGAAUGGAGAGUUGAAUGGAAAAAUCUACACCACUGGCGGUAUGAUUUCAAAGCACAAAGACAAAAUUGAACACAUGCUCAACGCAAAAAUUAUUCAUUUGGACGAAAUGGAUUGUGUUGCCAAUGGCACCAUUUUAUUAUCCAAAAUUGAACACUCAUUAUAUAGAUUUGACACUGAAAAUCGCUCCAUUUGCACCGUAAAAGUGUUAGAUGAAAGCCAUUUUCUGGUGGAAAAUGUUGGCUCCGGUACAUCGAUAAUUAAAGUGUCUCUUGGAAAAAAUUCUAGGAUCAACGGAUCGUCAAUUGGUGGUGGGGCCCUAGUAGGUUCGUUUCAUCACCUAACAAAUCACAAUGAUUUCCGUAGCAUACAACUCUCCAGUGAAUGUUUAUAUAAUCUACGCAUGCUACAGCUGAAUCGUUCUUUGAAUUCGAGCGUGAACAGCGAAUCCGUAGAGUGCGUUAAAAUGCUUUAUAAUGACUUGGGGGCUCUUGGUCAAUUAACCGCAAAACAAUACAAUAUCAAAACAGUAAUUUUCACUGGAUUUGCCAUUUGUGAAUCAAUGAUCGCGUUGCGAACACUGGACGGUGCAUUUACAUCUAGCUGUAAUGCAUUAUUUAGUUACCAUGGGGGCUUUGCUGGAUCGCUCGGCGCCCUAGCAAACGCACUAGUUCACGCAUGUUAA